GGGAUUUAGUCGCCCAGCGGAAGUGCUGGUUCCUGUAGGGAAGUGAAAGCUGAUGCCGCCCUUGCACCAGCUUUCUAGUUCAGCUCUUGGAAGGCAGGUACAAAAACAACCGGUUAAACUUUCACCAAAAAGGAGCAUGAAUCCUAUUACUCCAUACUGUUUGUUUGUUGGGUGCUUUUGGCUUGCUAUCUUUGGUGGGACUGCUACACAUGAGCUGGAGGAAAAUGAUGAGCAUCCUCAUAAGUGGGAAAUGUUGUACCUUGUGCAUCAGUGGCCAGUGACAGUAUGUAAGAUGAAUGAACAUGAUUGCAAAGAAGAUCCACUAUUGUACUGGACAAUCCAUGGACUCUGGCCUGAUAAAGCAGAAGACUGUAAUAGAACUUGGCACUUUAACUUAUCUGAACUUCAGGAUCUCAUGGGUGACAUGAAGAAAUAUUGGCCAGAUGUGCUUCAUCCAAACCAUACCUUUUUCUGGAAGCAUGAAUGGGAGAAACAUGGGACUUGUGCUGCUAUGCUGGAAUCCCUUAAUUCUGAGGAAAAGUACUUUAGUAAAGCUCUGGAGCUCUAUAAAAGAAUUGAUCUUAACAGUUAUCUCUUGAAAGUUGGGAUAACACCAGGCAGUACCAGUUACCAGCUGGCAGCCAUCAGAGAUGCUCUUAUAGAUGUUUAUGGUGUAACACCAAAGAUUCAGUGUCUUCCUGGAGAAGAGGGUCAUAUACAGAUAAUUGGCCAGAUGAAAUUCUGUAUCACCAAGGAGUUUACCCUGAGAAACUGUACAGAGACAAAGACUGAUUCCUCUACUGUUCCCGAGGAUCAUUUCUACCGUACAGAAGAUUUGGAAAUAUGCAAUGAUACACUGACAUAUUAUCCUUCACAUCUGCAUGAAUGAAGCAGGAAGAAAGUGAAAGUACUUUUUGAAAUACCAUUGAGAUUUAACAAAGCAUAUUACAUUAUUUAGAGAAAGAGCCAUAUUUUUAUCCCACAAAGAUACUUACUGUAAUACUUCAUUUGAAAUUUUUGAAAUCCUACUUUCUUUGGAACAUGUGCAAAUGACAGUAUUGGUACUAAAGCUAUAUAAAUGGAGAAGAUUCAUUCUAUGGAACAGCUAUUCUUUCAUUUGGGCAACUAAAUUAUCAUUUUUAUAUUUUAAAAGGGGGCUUCAUAAAGCUUAGCUUUUCUUUUUUGAGGAGUUGUAACUACUUGAAAGUGUUUUCACUAAAGCAAAAUUCUGAAUUAGUAGGUAAUUCUAUUAGGAGUUUAUGGAACAGCUUUCACACUGAGAGCCAGUGUGGUAUAGUGGUUAAGAGUGAUAGACUCGUAAUCUGGGGAACCGGGUUCGCGUCCCCGCUCCUCCACAUGCAGCUGCUGGGUGAACUUGGGCCAGUCACACUUCUUUGAAGUCUCUCAGCCUCACUCACCUCACAGAGUGUUUGUUGUGGGGCAGGAAGGGAAAGGAGAAUGUUAGCCGCUUUGAGACUCCUUUGGGUAGUGAUAAAGCGGGAUAUCAAAUCCAAACUCUUCUUCUUCUUUAUGUUUCAGAAAGGGCAUGAAACAUUCCCCCCAGCCCCUCUCCCAUUAAGCAGUUCUGCAGUUUGAAUAUUGUUGGCAACAAUGAAGGUGCAAUACUGAUUGCUUCCUUUCAGAGAAAGUGAAUCUACAUAGUUGGGAGCUGGUCAAAUAGCAAGCUGCUUCUGGUCUCUAUGGCAAAAGCAGUGAUGUAUAGCUUAUCUUACUCCAAAGCAAUGCCAUUGGCAUCAGCAGAGUGACUGUAGAACAAGUAUGUUGAAGCUUGAAAUUACUACAGGCAGUGACCAUUUUAGAUGUGUCUGAUAUGUGCGCAAGCACACAUGCGUGCAUCGCGCUGAACCCAGAAGUGACCCAAAAACAUCACCAAAAGGGGUGGGGCAGGGGCGGAACAAGGUGUUUUCAGGCAUUUCCAGUGAUGUUUCAGAUGUACGCGAUUUCACGUAAGCGCAUGGUGCCUUGGAACACAAUCCCCAUGUAAAUUGGAAGCUGCCUGUGUUCAAACAAACAUGGCCAGUACUUUUUAUAGAAAUGUUGGCUUGGGCCUGCAGCAGUUUAUCAUCUCACAUUCCAUGAGGGUACUUUUUCCAUACACACACCCCAAAAAAAAGUCGCCGGAAUUUCAUCUAUGGAUCAUAAUUUUUAGCACUGAAAUGAGUUUGACAGGAUUCAGGAUCCAUUUCUCUGUAUCAGUGAUUACAUCCAGCACUUUCAAAUGCAUGGGGCAAAGGUUUGUGCAUAAGUUGGAGCCUGUCACUUCAAGCACUCUUCUGGGAAAUGUCACUUUAAAAAAAAAAAUACUCGUGUUGAGAAAUUAUGUGUUACCUUGUCAGCUCUUCUUUUUUUCAUAUCAUGGUAUACUGGACUGGUUCUGUGGGAUGGUAAUUGGGGGCACUGUGCUACAGUAGUUCAGAUAGUAGCACUGGGAGAGUGCUUUUUGAUCCUCUGGUGGUUACCUUAUCAGGACAGUAUUUGGUCUCCAGGGCUAUUUAAUGUCUAUAUGAAGCCACUGGGAAUGGUUGUUAGGUGUUUGGGGGCAAGGUGCUAUUAGUACACUGAUGACAUUUCAGCUGUGUUUCUCCAUAACUUCUGAAGUGGGGCAGGCCAUGCGGGCCCUAGGCCAGUGCCUGAACACAGUAAUAGAAUGAAUGGGGGGGGGGGACUGAGCUUGAAUCCUGAAAAGAUGGAGGCACUGUUGGUUCCUGUGUCCAGGAAAUUGGGCAAUUUCCUUCCCUGGACAGAGUUACACUCCCCCUGAUAGCUCAUAUGCAGUCGGGCGGGGUGGGGGGGUGUAAUUCUAGAUCUAGCUUUGCGAGUUCAGGCACAAGUAGCCCCAGUGGCUAGAAUCACCUUUUAGGAGCUGUGCCUGGUGUGACAUCUGCAACCAUUGGAAGAGCUUUACCACCAUAGUUCAGGCAAUACUGACUUAAGUAUUGGAUUAAUGCUAUGUAUUCUGUGGAACAUCCUUUGUGCUUGGCCUGGCAACUGCUGUUACUGCAGAUUGCUACAGCAUGGUUACUGGCAGGAGUGAGAGAUCUCUGCUCAAAAUGUGCUGUGCACUGGUUGCUGAGUUGUUACUGAGCCAAUUUCAAAGUUUUACUAUUGACUUGGGACCUGUGGGGUCCUGGUUUACUUACAGAAUCGCCCUAUCCAUAUGUACCCACUCUACCUCUUUGAAUUGCGAACUGGCACUGCUACAAUUGCCACAUAAUACUCAUUCUACAAUUGUAAGAAGUUUAUCUUUUGGUGUGGCACAACUUGCACUCUUGAACUCCCUACCUGUUGACAUCAGACAGGUACCUUUGCUGUACGCGUUCUGGUGUCUGCUUAAAGCAUUUAGGCAACCUCCCCCCCCUCCAAAAAAAGCACAUAGAUAUUGAUGUGCCUUAAUCUUUUACUGUUAAUUUCAAUUAUCUUUUUAAAGUUUUUAAUUGCUUUUAUUAAUAAUUCUAAUAUUUCUUGUAAACCACUGAGUUUUUAUUAUAAUCAAGCAGUAUAUAAUUUUUUGAUAGAUUUUGUAAGCCAGUAAUCAGUGCCUUAAAUGAGACCUUUCACAGAAACAUUGAUUCCUGAUUUGUCUGAUUAGUGACUAGUACCAAUAAAUCUACAAUCUACAAAUUACUGUUUUUCUUCAAUAAAAUUGUUCAAUGCCA